AUUUCCUUUUCUAAUUUUAUUUUCAUUCUCGUUCCUUUCUCCAAGUAACUCACGCAGGCUUCAUGACCUUAAUUUCUGCUUUAAUUCUAAUUGUCUGGUGAAUUUGAUAGAUGACAAUUAUCUCUCAUAUCAGAAUUGGGUGAAACUUUCCAAAAUAAUAUAAUCUGCAUGAUAAUCUUUUCUUCAAACAUUCAGUGGAACCGAUUACGAGAAAGGAAAAGGAAUAGAAAAAGAAAAAUUUUUUUUUCUCUUUUCUAUUUUCGUAUAUAGAGUAACCGCUUUUUUGAAGGUUCAUCUUGAUCUCUCUAUUCAACACCCGCCAUUCACCCGAAAACCUCGUUCUAAUUACCAUGGAUAAAAGUGAAAGAACCUCAACUCGUACCAAAAAGUUAACUGGAAAAUCACCAAUCAAAAAGAGUCACAAUACCAAUGGGAAAACCAAUGGUAACAAUAACAUUACGACUGUUGGUACUUCCAAUAACAAUGGUAACAGUGGGGAUGUUGGCGGUGGUGGUGAUGAUGGUGAUUUAGUAAUUGAAGAUGAAAAUACAUGGGAAUGUUCAGUGUGUACUUAUCGUAAUUCACAAGAGACUUUUAAGUGUUUAAUGUGCGAUGUUUGUAAAGGAACCAGCACCAGAAAACCAAGAUACAAUCACGAUUUGGUUGCACAGAAAGUGAAGAAACAACAGAUUCAAAUUCAUCAGAAACUUCUUAAAUCAUCUAAACACCAACAAUUUGCCACCAGUGAUACAAGAGAUUCGAGUGAUUUCAACUCAAGAGAUAGUUCUGAUAAAGUUGCCGAAACAAAGGAAUCAAAGUCCAAAGACCAUAAAGAAGGUAAAACCUCAUGUAAGGAAAGUUUAGAUGAUCAGUUGAUUGAGAGGAAAGGUCAACACCAUGGGAAAGAAUCAAAGGUCCGUGAGUCCAAAGAUGAGGUGAAAGAAGGAAAAGAGACUCGGGUCAAAGGUGGUAAAGGCUCUGGCAUAAAGAAUUCUGGUAAACAAUCUAGUGAUAAUUUAGAAGAACCUGGUCCAAGUGUAAAUUCUAACCAACAUUCUCAAAAUGAAUCAACCAUUAAGUCCAAUAAUCACAAUUCCUCAUCAUCAUCUCCCAAUGGCUCAUCAUCAUCUCUUUCAACUGCCAAUAACCAUUCGUCCAAAUUAACUAAAUCUCGGGAAAAUUUGGUUAAAUUAAAUAAUAAAUCAUCUUUAAUGAGAAUGAAAAAUAUUGAUAGAACCAAUUUCUUGGCUCAAGCAGUAACUGUUAACAAUGUAACUGUUAUAAUUACUGAAUUUCAACCCAAAAAGAAGCUGAAAACAACAACAUCAACCAAGAAACCAAAUCAGCGUCAAUCAACUGGUACAAAGGAAAAAGAUUAAACAAAAAAUCCUAAACAAUUAAAACACUUGUAACAAUUAAAGCUUUCAAAAGCAGAAUGGACUACAACAAAUCACUUAAUCACUGCCAAAGUAUUUAAUCAAAAACAAAAUGGAAGCGUAAAUUUCUCGUGCAAUGAUAAUCUUCAAAAGGAAACACGGAUAACCCAAAAAAGGACAAUUACAAUUACAAUUAUCCAAUUUCCUUUCUCUCUGUGCUUUAAAUUUCAUCUUCUCGCUCUACAAUUUAUUAAUCGCUCUCUCAUUUCCAAUGAUUAAGAGGAAAUCCAA